AUGUCAGAGUCACCAACAAAGUUUUUCGAUGAGUCAGACACAUCAUCUACAAAAAGCGGAGGAGACGAGUCCAAGAAAAGGUCAACGGCCAUGAAAGAUUCCAAAUCUAAUGUUAGCCUUGGGGGUGAUACCUCUCGGAAAAGAGAAGGAUCGCUGAUGGAUCGUCUUGUAAACUCAUCGAGUUCGGCCAAUCUUCUUCAAAGCAAAAAUAGUAUAUAUGCUGUUUCUACGUCGUCAUUAAUACCCCAAGACUUUUUCAGCCUUGCCAGAACAAACUUCUCUGAUGGAAAGCAAAAGGACAUGACCUUGGCCAUGUAUCAGUUCAGUGGCCUGAAUGGACUCAACAGCAAUGACGAAAAUGUCUUCAUCAACAACUGUUUGACCCUUAUUCACCCUAUAAUACAGAAAUACCACGGCGUAUUCCAUAAAUAUUACGAUGAAUAUCUCAUAGUAGUAUAUGAAGCACGGCAUUCGCAACAAGCAAUUGAAUGUGCUUUCGAUUGUAUAGAGGCCAUAAGGAAGAAUGCACUAGAAUGCUCGAAAUCCAGUAGCUAUUCAGCUCCUGGAGCCGAAAGGAACUAUAUUCUGUUAGAAAAUAUCAAUGUCGUUGUCCAUACCUGUCCUUGUAAAAUUGCUCCAGUUCAUUUCAACGAAAAACACUCAGAUUUUACAAUCAUGACACCUUCUAAGGAUGUUCUGAGAAGAAUGGCAAACCUAGGCAGAGUGUAUGAUAUUCCGAUUGUUAUUUCUUCUCAAGUUGUACAGAAAAGCGAAAUACUCAACGCUAAAACAUUCAACAACCCAGCCAUGAACAUUACUCCAAUAGGAAAAUACUUUCUUGCCAACUCGUCGACUGAACUCUAUCAAGUUUUUGAUACCAAUUGGGAUGUUUUCCUAUAUUCGCCUGAUAGAAGGAAGGAUUUUAGGACCUCGCUAGAUAUGUUCCAACAAAGAAAAUUCAUUGCUGCCAUGAACAUAUUCUCUAAGUUACACAGAAUGAAUGAUAAUGACAAGCUGUCCUUGUUAUUUGUCAAAGUUUGUAGAAUGUAUCAACAAAGUGAAUUACCUCCACAAUGGGAUGGUGUCAUUAUGUUGGAUAAGGACAGUGAGCCCUAUCCUAUCAGCAAAAAACCAAAGGGGUUCUACAUCCAAGCAGGUAUUAGUGCCUCUUUCCAUCUCGGUGACGAGCAAUUCAUGUCGCACGGCAAAGACAAGGAAGAAGAAAUUCGGCUAUUAACUGAAUCCCUCAAUCAGAAAGCUCUCAUGAUCAAGGACAUGAAAGAAAUUCUGUCGGUCAAAGAAACAGAACUUGCCAAACUUCAUGAAAUUACUGAGCUCUUGAUGAAGGAAAAGAAGCAACUGAGCCAACAACUUAAACAAAGCAAUGAAAGAAAAGCAACGGAUAAAACAGCUCAGAAAAAGCUCCAACAACAAGACAGCAAAAAUUUACAGGCCAUGAACAACACAGGAGGAAAUGAACAUCAGCCAGUACAACCUUCUUCGUCAACAAACAAUACACAUAGUCGUGAUGCUGAAGCUGGAUGUAUGGGAGGAUUGUUUUCGUGUUUUGGAGGCUCAAAAUCUAGUUCGCAACGAAACGCUCGUCAUCGAAAUGGAAGAAAGAAAUAUGUUGGAAAUAGAGUCACACCAGUAAAUCAAUAA